CCUGGGGCCCGGAGCUGGCAGUUCCCAUCCUCCGCAGAAGGGAGAAGGGUGGGGGCGCUUAAGGUGGAGCUGGGGGAGUCCUCCAAAGUCUCGGUGCCCGGGGCCGCCGGCGCCGGAGGAUCCGGGGUCCCCCGGCCCAUAGAGACCCGGGUUGGAGCCUGCCGCAGCACCUGCAGCCCCCGCCCAGUGCUCCAGUCGGCCUCGGCUGGGGGCCGCCUUAACGGGGCUGAGGGAUCCCCUGGGAGACCGGGGUGCGGUGCGGGCAGCUGACCAGGAGGGGGAGGCAGAGACCUGGAGAGGGACAGAGCGCCGGGAGGAGGAGCCGGGGAGGCCGAGGCGCGGCCGCCGGAGAUGAGGUCGGAGAACUGCAGAGGCUCAGGAAGGGAAGGGGAGCCCGAGGCACGUAAGAGAAUUCUACUUCCCCACCUUCAGGCUAUUAGGUGAAACCAUCCAUCAUGGGAUUCCGGGCCACUUGCCCUUCCUUCUCCACCAUCUACUUCCUCUUCAUCCUCUUGGUGGCAUCCACCAUCUUCCACUGCCAUCACCGCCUGGCCCUGGUGCCCGCCCCCUGGGCCUAUUCUGGCCGCGUGGUCCUGCCCCCCAGACACCUGCCCCCGGGGGGCAUGUUCACCAUCAACGCCAAAGGCCGCCUGGGGAACCAGAUGGGGGAGUACGCCACCCUUUACGCCCUGGCCAAGAUGAACGGGCGGCCGGCCUUCAUCCCGGCGCAGAUGCACGGCAUGCUGGCGCCCAUCUUCCGAAUCAGCCUCCCGGUCCUGCACGGCACCACGGCCAACAGGAUCCCGUGGCAGAAUUACCACCUGAAUGACUGGAUGGAGGAGCGCUACCGCCACAUCCCGGGCGAGUACGUGCGCCUCACCGGCUACCCCUGCUCCUGGACCUUCUACCACCACCUGCGAGAUGAGAUCCUGCGGGAGUUCACCCUGCACGACCACGUGCGGGAGGACGCCCAGAGGUUCCUGCGGGGCCUGCAGGCCAAGUGGGCCCGGCGGGCGACCUUCGUGGGGGUUCACGUGCGCCGGGGGGACUACGUGCGCGUCAUGCCACGGGUGUGGAAGGGCGUGGUCGCCGACCGGGGCUACCUGCGCCGGGCCCUGGACUGGUUCCGAGCCCGCUACCGCCGCCCCGUCUUUGUGAUCACCAGCGAUGACAUGGCCUGGUGUAGGGAGAACAUCAACGCCUCCCGUGGGGACGUGGUGUUCGCCGGCAAUGGCCUCCGGGGCUCCCCCGCCAGGGACUUCGCGCUGCUUUCGCAGUGUAACCACACCAUCAUCACCGUGGGCACCUUCGGGAUCUGGGCCGCCUACCUGGCGGGCGGGGACACCGUCUACCUGGCCAAUUACACCCUGCCCGACUCCCCCUUCCUCUGGAUCUUCAAGCCCCAAGCCGCCUUCCUGCCCCAGUGGGUGGGCAUUGCUGCUGACCUUGGGCAGGCGGGAGAGAACUCCAGGUCAUGAUGCUUCCCAGCUGGGCAACCUCAGAGAAGUGACAACCUCUCUGGGCUGCAGCAUACCACCUGCAAAGUGAACCUAAUACAGAACUUACCUCCGCAGCUCCCGAAGCGAGUUCAUUGAGUGUCGUUUAGCAAGACGUUUUAAGUGUCUCGGGAACCCGCCAGAAGUGCUGGCGGCAACCAGGCACGUGGGGGGCGUGUCCUGAACUUUCAGGGCGCUUUAAGAUGGAAACGUACUUUUUUUUUUUAAGAUUUUAUUUAUUUGACAGA